AUGGCUCAAUCGUCUGCAUCCGAGGCUCCAGCCAAUCUCGCAGAGAUCGAGGAUGCCUUCGUCAACGUCACUUUCGACGAGGAGGCAAACUCCGGAGAUCCAUUCUACGAUCCCUGGGUUGACCAAGCCUCAGCAAAGUUUGAAGGGCCUGCAACCUACGGCGCACGAGCCCUGCGCAGGCUCUAUCCGAAUCAUUCCAUAGUCCUCUUCAAGGAUGCCCCCGAUGUCGACAUCCUUGGCUUUCCAUUCAUAUCCAAGACCGCAAACUCACCCGAUGAUUUUAUCAAUUCACUGCACUUUGUUCCACCUGCUCGCCGCAUGGGACAAGCUCUCGGAUCUUUCUCUAACGACAUUAAGUUUGGGUCCUACCGGAUCAAGUGGGGUAACGCUGAGUUUAUCCUGUAUGCUGUUCAGUAUCCUCGAUACAUAACGGAAGUACAACAGCAUUACUUGUUGUUUGAAGGUCCCGAGAAACGGUCACAUGAGCUCCUACUAGCGGCAGCCGCCUGGAAGAACCAGCUCCAUGAAGAGAUACUGGUCUACAAUAGGACAUGGUCGAAGGAUCAUGCGCUGUGGGAAGAAGUGCAAAAAGCCAACUGGGACGAUAUCAUUCUCAAGCCAAAGUUUAAAAAGUCGAUGAAGAAGGAUGUAUUUGGGUUCUUCCAGUCCGAGAAGCUUUUCCAGUCGCUCUCUAUUCCGUGGAAGCGAGGUAUGAUACUGCUCGGACCUCCAGGCAACGGAAAAACUAUCACAGUGAAAGCGAUCAUGAAAGACUGCUACGCGAAAGGCUUUGCGCCGCUCUACGUCAAGUCUCUCAAAAGCUCAAAUGGCGGCGAGUUAGCCAUCGCGAACGUCUUCCGCAAGGCGCGAGAGAUGGCACCAUGUGUGCUGGUCUUUGAGGACCUUGAUUCAUUGAUCACCGAUGAGAACCGCUCGUUCUUCCUGAACCAGCUCGACGGGCUCGAGGGCAACGACGGCCUGCUUGUGAUCGGGUCGACAAAUCACUUUGAGCGCCUGGAUCCUGCGCUCAGCGGGCGCCCAAGUAGGUUCGACAGGAAACACCGGUUCGAUGACCCGGAUCGCGAGGAACGUACGAUGUAUGCAAGGUAUUGGCAGAACAAGCUGAAGAGCAACAAGUCCGUCGACUUCCCGAACGGCCUCGUAGAGGAAAUCGCGGCCUCGACGGACAAGUUCAGCUUUGCGUAUCUGAAGGAGGCUUUCGUCUCGACUCUGGUUUUGCUUGCCGACGCAGACGAUGGCGGCGAGAGCGACGACGACAUCGAAAUUGACGAUGGCUACAGCUGCAGUUACGACUACGCCAACGCGAAAGCCACCUUUUCCAGUCUCAUGCGUGAGCAGAUCAGGACCCUACGGACACAGUUGGAGAAGGACGCUGGCGUUCAGUCAAAGCCCGACAAAGACGCUCGUUCCCCCAGCGACCCUGAAGGCCCACCCGUCAUCCCUCGCCGCCUGAUCAGCCGUUCUAUCCACCCCAUCAACCACCCGUCCCCUAGCCUCGUCGCCUCGGAAAUCGAUGCUUGGCGUACUGGGGCGAGACUCGCGCUGCGAUCUAAGCGCGCAACCACUACGACAAAUGCCCCGGAUUCUGGCAAGCUUGGCCGGAGUGGACGGCCUGAGUGGCUUCUAGAGUGA